AUGAGAUCUGAUGGACGAUUGGCUUAUGCUGAGCAUCUAUCUCCAGAGUCAAGGUUUCCAAUCAUCUUGCCACGCAGAAACUGGAUCACAAGAUUGAUUGUGAAAUCUUAUCAUGAGGAAGGACAGCAUGUUACCGGAACUAAUCAGACAUUAGCGGCACUCUCAGCGAAGUUUUGGAUCCUCUCUGGUAGAGAGGAAAUUCGAGAAUGGGAGCGGGUAUGUUCACAAUGUCGUAAACAGAAAGCAAAAGUGGCGCACCAGAUCAUGGCUCCUCUCCCAGAAAUGAGACUAACACCUUCUCUACGUGCUUUCACACAGGCUGGACUUGACUUUGCUGGACCCUUCUUUACAGUACAGGGGAGAGGAAAAGCAAGGCAGAAGCGCUAUCUUUGCCUCUUCACGUGUCUAGCUUCAAGAGCUGUGCAUCUUGAAAUCGCACAUGGAAUGGACACAAAUUCAUUUCUUAAUGCCUUUUAUCGCAUGGCCAGUCGCAGAGGACUUCCAGAGGACAUUGUGUGUGAUAAUGGGACAAACUUUGUUGGAGCAGAAAAGGAGCUCAAAGAACUGGUCUCAUGUCUGGACAAUGAUGCUGUUAAACGAACAUUAGCGAAUCGUGGGACCAAGUGGAAGUUUAAUCCUCCCUGUGCGCCCCAUUUCGGAGGUGUGUUCGAGACCAUGAUCAAGGCAGCCAAGAAAGCUUUCUCUGCUAUAUUAGGUCGAAGUGACGUAAAUGAUGAAGAGCUCAUGACAGCGUUUAUUGGAGCAGAAGCCUUGAUCGAUUCACGUCCACUCACCUAUCAGACGUCAAAUCCUCAGGAUGAUGUACCCCUGACACCGAACCACUUCCUCCAUGGACAGGUUGGAGGUUCUUUUGCUCCAGAAUCAGUGGAUACAACACCCUUUAACCCAAGGAAACGCUGGAGAUGGAUACAGGAUGUAAUACAACACUUCUGGAGCCGAUGGAUGAAGGAGUGGAUACCCAGCCUCAACCGAAGAAGGAAGUGGCUCACUCACCAACCGGAUAUCAACGUGAAUGACAUAGUUUUGGUAAUAUCGCCAAACACUCCACGUGGACAUUGGCCCAUGGGAAAAGUUAUCAAGACUCCUCCAGGGAAAGAUGGUUACACCAGAGUGGUUGACAUACAGAUUGGUCAAUCUGUACUUACUAGACCAGUGACGAAAGUGUGCCCUCUUGAAACGGACAGCAUUAGCUGA